GAGAAGAAGUUAGUCUGGCUUGGAGUUUUUUUUGGAGCUGUUUUGGAGGAUGCGGCUUUGGAGGUGCCUGAACUAGGUUUGGCAGAAGUCUCUUUCUUCACCUGCCCUGUAAAAGAAGAACAUUUCUCAACAGGUUUGCACGCAUCCAAAGGGGAGGGUCCUAGUACAGAAGUGGCACUGCCAAUUGUAACACUUGCAUGGCAAGUUUUUCAAAG